GUGACGCUGGAGAAGAGAAAUGACUGAACAGAGAUGUGAUUGUUCCGUUUUGCCCUCGACGCCAGUGAACAGUAGAGUCGCGUCGACGAGUUUACAGCGAGAAUAAGGACCGCAGUCAAGCUGUCCAACUAACGGAAUGUCGUUACUCACAGAAACGACAGCUUAUUCGGUGAAUUUCGUCAGACAGACGUCGGACGAUGCUAAACGGCCAGCCAACUUUAAUCAACGUUACUCGGAAUAAGCAGCUUCAGGUUUUCCGCCUUCCAGCUGUUUGCUAACGUUACGUGACGGUUGACGUUUUUAAAACGCCAGGUGUGUAGCAGCAAGUUACUGGGAUACCGAGGUGGCGGUGGCAGCCACGUCAGCUAACGUUAGCUGGAUGCUAUUUCUCUCCAGUCUGUUAUUUUGAGAGCACUUCUGUGCAGUUGGUUUGCUUUUGUGAUUCACAUUAUUUAACAAAAACUCGAAAGGGUAACGUUAUUCUUCUGAGACAAUGGCUCCGAUGGGUAUCCGGCUGUCACCCCUCGGUGUGGCGGUGUUCUGCCUGCUUGGAGUCGGUGUCAUCUACCACCUGUACGCAGGGGUCAUCUCCAGCCACCUGGCUGCUUUCAGGACGAGGGGGAAAGUGGAUCUGAGGGACCUGCUGGCUGUCUCAGUAGAGGCUGCAGUGCUCGGUGGCACAGAGGUGAAGAAGGUGCGUGAAGAAAAUAGCCUGAAGGAAAAGUCAAAAGGCAAGACAAAGGAGGGAGCCAAUGAGCUUCUGACUAUGGGUGACCUGCAGUCGCAUAGAAAGAUGUUUAACCUUAUAAGCAACGCCUUCCCUGAAGUCACGGUGAACAGUGAGGAACAUGACAACACGGUGGAUAAGGCUGCAGCCUGGAGUCGGGAUAUUCCAGCCGACAUACAAGACAAAAUAGAGAGGGGCAAGUACGUUCCUGCUGAGAGCAUCACUGUGUGGAUCGAUCCUCUAGAUGCUACACAGGAAUAUACAGAGAAUCUAGUGAAGUAUGUGACCACAAUGGUAUGUGUGGCUGUAGAUGGUAAACCAGUCAUUGGGGUCAUACACCAGCCAUUUACUGGGUUCACUGCCUGGGCAUUUGUAGGUCAGGGGUCAAAUAUGCGUCCCCGGCAGUCCUACACUGUCAGCCCUCCAAAGGUCAUUGUAUCACGUUCCCACUCUGGAACAGUUAAAAGUUAUGUUCAGGAGGCUUUUGGAAACGGCACAACAAUCAUAGAAGCAGGUGGAGCAGGAUAUAAGGUCCUGUCACUUUUGGAGAUGCCUUCAAGUGAAACAGGUUCUAUGGACCAGGCAGAUGUUUACAUCCAUGUCACCUUUAUCAAGAAAUGGGACAUCUGUGCUGGUGCAGCACUACUGAAAGCACUGGGAGGCCACAUGACAACGCUAAAGGGAGAGGACAUCGACUACAGUGGAACACCGGUCAACAAAGGAGGACUGGUGGCCAGUGUUGGUGUGGACCAUAAGGCCCUACUGGAGAAACUACCAAACUGGGACCCUGAAAAGCACUGAUGGACACAAACACAGAGCCAUUGGUAUCUUGGUCAGGUUUUGGUAAGGGCAACAUGUGGCUGCCCUUUCCUUUACCUAACAGUGGUCUGUAAACCUAACCAGGCCCAUGUGAUUUCAUCAUCGAUGGGAGUCCGUGUUAAUGGCAAGGGCCACCGAGCAGGACGGUAAAACCAACAUGGCUGCCACUGGAAACCGCAAUGGCUGACACAAUGGCUCUGAACACACACUCUUGUACAUGCAUACAUACUUUCAGAUAGUAGUAACGGUACACCUUCUUUUCCAAAUGCACAUACACCUACACAUGCUCACAGUGAACAUUGGACAUCAGAGUCCCUUCACCUACAGGGGACAACUCUCUGAUGACUCUUAUUGUGAGACAUUUAACUAAGGAGCACAAUGCUGAACAUUACAACAGAACCUAUGGCUUGACUGACAUCGUCUUUUAUCAUAUUAAGUCCCAACUUCAAUCCUGGCCUAAACAACCAAUGAAGUUACAUUUCAUCAACAAACCAUCUGUUCACCAGCAUCAUCAUACCAAAUGAAUUCACUACGCACUAAGUGGUGUCAACUCAGCUAGAAGGCACUGCUAAUCUCAAAUCAUGGCAAUGCCCAGAUGGGAUCAGAUUUUACCAAUUUUGCUUAACUAUGUUAGAGACAAAAAAACAACAGAAUGGGGACAUUUGGAAGGAAAAGUUGUCUAUUUCCUCAUCUGUUUGAGACAGAUUUUGGGAUGAUUAAAUCUAUUCUCAGGUUUGGGUGUGAGCAUGCUGUGAUUGAUGUUCCCUUGCUCUCCUGUUAUAGACA